AUGCCUAGACCAGCUACUAAUACCAACUCUUUAGCUAGAGGACGUGUUCGUGCGUCGAUGAAUAAGUAUAACUUGUUCAAUUUAUAUAAGAAACCACAAAUCAGACAUCAAGGAAGAUCAUUAUAUCAACAAAAAUGGACUGCCAAACAAGAAACUAGAGCUUAUCAUGGUGAGCAUUUAACUGAAGGAAGAUGGAAGCAAAUUUUCGAUCCAAACUUGAACAGUGUGGCCCAAUUAGAUGCUUCCUUAAAGGGGAACAAUAAUGUCGAAGAAACUCCAGUUUCUUUACAAACUUAUGCUGUUUUAGAGAAAAGAUUGGAAUUCGCUUUAUUCAGAUCAAUGUUUGCUUCAAGUAUAAGACAAGCCAGACAAUUCAUCUUAGGGGGAUAUGUGGAAGUCAAUGGUAUAACUAUCAAACAUCCAUCUUUCCCUUUGAAAUCAGGAGAUAUCUUCCAUGUCAAACCUGAUAGAGUUUUAAUGGCUUUAGGAAGAUCUAAACCAAGUUUAGCUGAAAGUAUCAAAGUUGAUAAUAAACAAAUCAUUGUUUGGAAUGAAUACGUUAAGAAUUCCAAAAAGAAUCCUCGUGAAGUUUGGCAAUUGAAACAAUUAAAACCAAAAUCUUUAGAUACUUUAAGUGAAUUUGAUAAUUCUAAUAUGAUUGAAAAGAUCAAUAAAGAUAUCGAUAAUAAGAUGAAGAACGACCAAAAGAAAGUUAACAGAGAAUCCAUUUUAUCCAAAAUCUUAAAAGUCGGAAAAGGUGAAGAAUUAAAAGAUUUAACUGUGUUCAAUUCUUUGUACGGUAAAGAAAAUGCAUCAAAAUGUUUCGAAAUUUACAGAAGAAUCUUCGAUACUAAACAUACAUUAUUAACUAAAAAUUCAGUUGAACAAUGUAGACAACAAAUUAUCAAGAAAUCCAAUGAAUAUGAAAACUCACAAGAUUUCAAAUUCAUGUCUAAAAUUAAACAAAUUUUAAAUGAAAUCAAUAAAUCUUACAGUGAAACCGUCAGAUUAUCAGCAGAACAAUCCAAAUUAUCAACUGAAGAUUCAUCGAAAUUUUAUGAUCCUGGAUUUGCUUCAAAAUUAACAUAUCAUGAAAAGAUCAAUAAAGAUGAAAUCAUGGAAGAUGAAAGUAAAGCUAAAAUCAACUUACCAUGGCAAAAAUCUUUAUUUGGAAGACAAGAUCCUUCUAAACCAUAUUUCACUCCAUGGACUCCAAGACCUUUCUUGGGAGCUUUUUCAAUUUUACCUUCACAUAUUGAAAUCUCCUUUGCUACAUGUCAUGGGAUUUAUUUAAGAGAUCCAGUUGCUAGACCAGGACAUUCAGAAGUCAUCACACCUUUCCCAACCCAUGUACAUAAGAGAGCUUAUAUGUAUUAUGUGAGAAAGGGUAUGUAA